AUGAAUUAAGACACCACCAAUGUGAUUUUAGUAGUGAUUACUAACAAGGCGAAUAAGACUCUUGGACAUGACAAGUAUUUCAAAGUGUUCAGCCAAUUCGGUACAAUUCAGAGGAUGCUCAUUUUCGAAAGAUCAUUGACAUGGAAGACAUUUGUAGAAUUUGAUAAUCCUGAGUCUGCAAUUAAGGCAAGAUAAGUUAUGAAUGACAAACCUUUUUGUGAUGAUUCGUAAUUGAUGAUGAAUGUAUAUGCAAGUAAGCUGACAUACAUCACAUUUUAAGAGAAUAAUACUGGCGGUGUUGAUUACACUUUGUUACGUAAGUAAUAACAACCUGCUCAAAAACCACCUUAAUAACCUAUUCCAAUCUAAUUUCUUUAAUCACAAAUGUAAUUUCAGCAUCAAAUGUCUUAAUAGAUACAAUAAAUUAAUUCUUUUAUGGGUUAACUUUAGUAGGUGAGUGCUGAAGGGUUCUCCACAACAAUGAUUUCUUCAUCUGACUUAUAGUCAUAGAUUGAAAAGUAGCAGUCAUUGUUGAAUCAAAUAUAUGAAUGCCAAGCGAAUUUCCAACACUUAACAGAUCAAUAUCAAAACUUCCUAUAAGACGUUAACAAAUAAGAGGAGACCUAAGCAACCACUGUGUAAUAGAAGUAAUCAAAUAGAAAGAAGCUGACUUUGCCAGCAGAUCAGAAGAAGAAAACUGAUUAAAUAGAAUUUAUACAGAGUUAUCGAGAUAACAAUACAGAAAGCUUAUUUAAUAGUUAAGAUUAGAAGAUUGAGGAUGAUGAUUUGAAUUUCUAAGGUCUGGGAUUAAGAGAAUCGGAUGAUGAAAUCGUUGGAUCUGAACAUUGCGAUGAUGAAGAUGAGGAAGAUGAAGAAUAAAAUGAAUUCCUAAAAUACUUUGAUCAGAACUCAGACAACAAAUAAAUCAACAAUUUCUAAAAUGCUUUUCAAAAUAAUGACAAACCCUAAUAACAAUUCUAAUCAUAAUAAUUACAACAAUCAAAUCUAUCUUAAACCUCCUCUUAGCCUACUUCAUCUUCUAAUUUGGAUUAAUUCAAAAAUAAAAUUAUCAGAAUGCCUGUAUCCAAGAGUUAGACUUUACAAUAAGUAGAAAAAUAGUAAUUGGAUAAAAUGCAAUAAAGUGCUGACAAAAUAGAAGAAUACAUUAAUCCUAAGUUUUUACAAUCUGUGCGAAAAUCCAGAGUAAUCUAUGCAAGAUGGUUUGACAAAAAAGUCGUGACUUCUCAAAUGCUUUAUAACUUAUUUAGUAUUUAUGGCAACAUCGAUAAAAUGAUCUACCUAAAGGAGAGAUCUAGUGCUCUCAUCUAAUAUGUUACUUAAGACCAUGCUGCCAUUGCUAAAGAAUCUCUAAACGAUAUCAUGUUUUAUGGACAAUCUAUUAAAAUCUUUUUUUCGAACUACGAAGAAAUUUCACUAAAGACUUAACCAACUAAACCUGGAGAAUUCACUCAAGAUGUCAAAACCCAAGAAGAGUACUUUUAGGGAGGAGAAGAAACUCAUAGAAUCAAACCUGAUAGCACUUAUACUUUAGCCCCACCUUGUGAUACUAUAUAGGUGUCCAACUUGACAAAAAAUUCAUGCCAAGUUGCAGUCUUAUAGCAAUACCUUUAAGAUUAUGGUCAAAUUAAAUAAUACAAAUUAGUCACGAAUGCUACGAAGUACAUGGCCAUUCUCAAGUACCCAAGCACAGAAGUGGCUAUAACUGUUUUGGCUAAUAAUAAUGGAUUGGAAUUGGAUGGUAAAUAAAUUUAAAUAAAUUUCUCAAAACAAAAACUCAUAUGA